UGUGAUUCGUAUUAGUGUUGAUAUUUUUGUUAUCAAAGGAACCUUUGAUUUACAAUUUAGAUGAUCAAAUAGUAUAGAUUUAUCAUUUCAUGAGCAUCAUAAUACCGGCAGUACCUCAGUGGUGUGAUCUAACGAGUAUUUAAUAAUUGAAAUAAACUAUAUUUACGUUAUUGUGUUAUACGUGCUGUUUUGAGUAAUACGCUUGCUGUAAAUUUGAAUUCGUUACUGGGUGUGUUCAUGUUUUUUUUAGGUAAACAAGUGACUUCAAGAUAUUCUAUUGUCCAUGCCCCAUCCCACCCAACUUGCCCCACCAGGGAUUUGCGAGUCUACGCCAGGGAACUGCGUUCAGUCCGAGAGUCCGGCAGUGAUCCAAAAUACCAAAAAGGUACACGCGGAAAUAUUCGUGACUGAAUAUGGAAUGUAACUUUUGGCGGCAUCUGAUAUCUGUAUGUCGCUGCUCUUCGUUGCUGCUUCGCUCCACGAUGGAUGUGGAUACGAGUGUCCUUGCUUGCUGGGUAGAUUGGUAUGAGUUCCACAAACUGCAAUGCGUUCAUACCAAUUUUCCACGCCAAUUGCUGACUUACGCUGUACCAGUCUGAGCAAUCUGCAGCACUCCAGAAGCACUCCUGGCAGUCCCCGUACCGCACAGGUGGUGCGUAGCAUAACGCCGAAUCGGUGGCUGCUGCCAGCAGGUGAGAACGAUUCAUGUGAACGACACGAUCACUCUACUGACCGUGAUAGAGACUACUUCCGGAGAUAGCUUUAAACUUGAACAACAGAACCAAACCAUAACCCUUACUUUGCACGAUGGCAUUUCAGCUGACAGUGUCCAUGCGGAUGGCGGAUGUGUAACGCCACAGCCAUCAGGCAGUGUUUAUACCGAGCGUUAAUGCUGUCGAACGAUAUGGCCGUUAUACCCGUGUUGACAAUACACAAGAUUAAGUGAUAGGAAAACCACACGACGCGUAGGGCGUACCGGUCAUUGGACAAUGACAUUGUUGUGAAUCCUAUUCCUCUUGGUACAGUCGAAUUAUUUUCGAAGUAUUUUAGUCGAAGUAUUUUUGCAAGUGUGUCUAGCAUUCAUAGCACCAAAGCUAAUAUUUUCGAAAGGUUAUCUAGGCUUGGGGAGCAAUAUCAUUUGUUGUCGGUUUUAAUACGGAGCAAAUGACCGCUCCAAAGACGAGUUUACCAGGUAUUCCUGUUUCGAUACUAUCGUCGUAGCAUGUUGAAUUAUUUUCAAUUUUUUUGGGGCUUUUUACGUUGCCAUCUCAGCAGGCAGCUCAGUGCCAACCGUUACAGGCAUCAUAUAAUUGCUCGCCGACGAGAGCUUUCUCCACCUUUGCCCUCAGCUAUGUUGAUGAAUUGGAAACAUGAAACUGUUAGCACAUGCUAACUUAAAUGACCUUCUCGAUCACGCGGUUUUCAUUAAAAUGAUGUUCCGCUGCCUCCUUUUACCCAGGUAAUGGCGCACAGGGAUUUCUGGUGCGCACGUUAUAGCAUGUGCGUUGAAGUAUUUCACUACAAGCAUCGGCAAGCACCUCAAAUAUCCUUCUCAGCUGUAUCUCUCUCCCUCUCUCGGAUAUCAAUGCUGCGAAUUCCAAUAUGGAACGAGUCCAAGUUACAAAGGGUCGUUUUCUACCUGCUGCAAACGCAUCGGUCGGGCUGUCGACUGUCAUGUGAAUUAUGCCGUGAUCGAUACGACUGGGGCUGUUGCGCACGCACCUGAUUUUCAUCGAGCCCUUGCAUCUCAAACCUUGUCAUCCCGUGGUCGGACCUCGGAGAUCUGAGCACAGGGCAUUGGUGUGAAAAAGUACAUGAAAUUAAAUUGUAACUAUUUAUACGAAUUAUGUAGUUGAAUUUUCGUUAACAGUGUUGUUUAAACAAUGUAUGUGAAAAAGAGUUCGAAUGAAUGCCCUGUACAGUUCAUAUUUAUUUUUAAAAUUAUUAUUCAGGCUGUUGAACAUCAAAAGAUACUUCCCUUUCUUUAUGAGAAAGGACUUUCUUUAGUUUUACAAAAUGUACAAAUACGUUUGAGAAACUCCCUCGUGAGUUUUUAAAAGAUAUGUUUAUUUUUCGGCAGCGAAACACAGACUAAUUUGCUAGGUUUUAUGUUUCGACGCUGUUUGGUGUUCUUCGCCUACCGGUCACGUUACCAACCACAUGCCGUGAUCAUGUUCAUCCCGCCUGCAUGGUGUCAUCUGCAUACCGGACGGUCCAUUCGAUCAAUACGGCACCGCACAUGGAGCUUACGUUCGUGAUCUGCGCCGAUUGUCGUAAGAACCCGCUUCCGUUGGUUGAUACACGACACCGCGUGUGAGCGCACACAGCACUUUGUCUAGCACCUGUGUACAUAUCUGAACAUUGUUUGAUUUACUAUAAAGGUAGGGUAAUUGUACCAGUAUUGGGGUGGCCAGAGCAGCAGUUUAACUAAAACUGCUCAUAAACUUACAAUUUCAAUAUUGUUUGAUGAAAAUGUUCUUAUUUUGCUUUAUAAACUACUGUAAUACUACUGUAUCCCCAGUAUGUCAAGUUACAAAUGCUUUUUUUAUAUAAAGCAAAACGUGGUACAGUCCUCAGGUGGCAAAACUUUAAAAAAACUCGUCGUGAGUUCAAGCCUUCUAUGGACCGGUCCCUUGUGUCAAGGAUUGAAUAUCCGUCUGCAUGGUACUAAUAAGCCUAGAAGCCCGGUACAGCCCUGCCCUUAGGUCGUUACGCCAAAUAACAGCAAUUUCAUAAAUAUAUUAUGGUUCAAUACACCACGGGUCCUAUCGAACGCCCGGAAAAUGUAAAGCUCUUAAAAUGUUAUUAGAUUUUAUGUUAAAUACGUUAUGCACAAAAUGAUGUUAUGCCUCGCAUUUUUGCACACAUUCGCGUAUUUUGUUACCCUGUCGAAACCUGUCAAAACUAAAAACUUAUACUGUUAACCUGGUAGAUUUGUACAAAGUCUACCAUUUCUUAAAUAUAAAGAGUAAACAUAAACAUAACUCAUAAACAUACCUGCUAAACAAAUAAAACUUACUCUUAACUUACAAAAAAGGCUUAUUAAUACUUGGAAAACUAAGAAAAUUUUACAGGCAUACGAAACCAUAAAAAACGCAGGUAACUUUUACAACAGCUAGAACACGCACCUGUGCAUAAAAACCCCAGGCAAUUAUAUGAUUCGUAUGUUGUGCAAAGGUAAAUUUACAUACCUUUCCAUACUUCGGGUUGUAUAAAUUUUGCUCCAAAUACAGCAUGCCCCUCAUUCGCAAAUACGUUGUUGUUUGUGUGACAUCUCUGUUCUAAUUCGGAGCUCUGCCAUUGUGUCGCGUGUAUUUCUUGAAAAGUGUAAGCUCCAUUAGUGAUGGAAGAUAUUCCAUAUUCGCAACAACUUAAAAGAACCGGAAAACUUUAUAAAGAUGCUGAUGCUAAGGCAAAAGUAUCAAGAUUGGAUACCCAGUCUAGUGCAACGCAUAGUGAAACGCAAAUUGAUCUGAGGAAUCAGCCUUCAACGUCCUCUGCAUUACCUUUUACUGCAGCUGAUAUAUUACCAAAUCAAGCAAACAUAGACGCAAGUAUCAAUUUACCAAUCAUAAGCGAUUGUGAUUCUGAAGGAGACAAUCAAAACAUCGACAUUAACGAGGAUGAGGAUAUUGAAAAUUUGGAAAUCAACGAGGCUGAUGAAAAUGAAGCCAUUAACACCAACGAAGAGCAAGAGGACGACGAAACAGAUGAAAUCGAAAUAGAAAAUCUGGAUCUUAAAGAAUGCUUAAAAAUCUGGUCAUUGGUUUCCAAUAAAGACCAUAAAUCGCUUCGGUUUCUGCUGAGAAUUUUACGUACAAACUGUGAUGCUUCUCUUCCUAAAGAUCCUCAUACAUUACUAAAAACUCCAAAGAAACCUGCAGAAAUUACAAACAUUACUGGAGGGCAGCUGUGGUACCAAGGAAUAAAGACAUGCCUCAUCAAAAAGUUUCGGUAAGUUCAAUACAAAUGGAAUCGCAAUUUCAAAUAUUAAUUUAUUUUUUUUUCUUUAACAGCCCCGGCAACCUUGAUGACAAUAUUUCAACACUAAGCCUGAAAGUGUUUAUUGAUGGAUUACCACUUCAUAAGAGCACCAACCUGGAGUUUUGGCCAAUCUUGGCGAGCAUCGACGAACUCCCAAACGAAGCGCCGAUGAAAGUGGGUAUUUACUGUGGAUUGAAGCAUCCACAAAACAUAGAGGAAUAUUUACGGCAACUUGUAGAUGAAUUGAAAGAAUUGACUACCAGUGGUAUUGUCUUACAAAACCGUUUAAUAAAUAUCAACCUGCUUUACAUCAUCGCUGACACUCCUGCUAGAGCUCUGCUAAAAGGUAAAUUUACAUUUACACUAUUGACAAGCUAUAAGUUAAGCUAUAUCGCUCUUUUUCAUUUAUUUUCAGAAGUUGUGAAUUGUAACGGAUUGCAAGGAUGCAUUAAAUGCACAUGUCAAGGAAAGAAGGAAAACCACAGAACUAUUUUUAGAGGAGUUUCUGCCGAGCCACGAACAAACAAAGCAUUUCGAGAUGGCGAUUAUAUGCCAGAGCAUCAAAGAGAACUAACGCCUCUAUUGGCUUAGAUAUGAUUAAACAAUUUAUUGUGGCUGACGAAUUGCAUCUAAUUCACCAUGGAGUCUUCAAAAAACUAAUUAAGAGAUGGAGGGAUGGAGAGCGUGGAGUUUUACCCAGAUGGUCUGAUCAACAAUGUGAGAUAAUUUCAUCAAAAUUAGCCGACAUCCAGCUUCCAACCGAAAUUCAUAGACAGCUACGUCAUUUGCGAUUUUUGGAUAAAUGGAAAGCAACCGAGUUCAGAUCAUUCCUUCACUACGGCAGCAUUGUUGUUUUGCGUGAUAAUGUGCCAGAAGAGCAGUAUUCCCAUUUCAUGUUACUAUUUUGUUCGAUAACUCUGCUAUCUUCAAAAUCGUACGAAGCGCAUUGGCCAAAAGCAGGAAAUAUGCUAAAUCGUUUUGUUUUGGAUUACGAAACAAAUUACGGACCAAACGGUCUAACGAGCAAUGUACACAAUCUUCAGCACGUUCUAGAAGAUGUCAAAAACUAUGGCCCUCUUCCAUUAAUAUCAACAUACCCGUUUGAAAAUGAACUACGUCUUUUGAAGCUGCUGUUAAGGAGUGGAGUUAACUGUUUACAACAAGUGAUAAACCGUUUGGCAGAAUUAGAUGAACUUGACAACCGACACAAAAAUACAGAGAAAAAUAUGAAAUAUCCAUGCGUUAAACACCACUGUGAUAAGAGGACAGCUCAUAUACGUCAAGGAUUGACGUUACAACAAGGAGAUAGAAACGGAUGGUUUUUAACGAAGGAUAACCAUGUGGUUAGAUUUGAAUCAGCAGUUGAACGUGCAUCAACAGUGGUUAUCAAAGGAAAGAAGCUUCUUACUAGCGAAGAAUACUUUUAUAAGCCAAUAAGUUCCUUCAUUUUAAACAUAUCGAAGGGUAACAUGAAUGCGUUAUCAUCAUUUUCUGAUGAGUUUUUCCCUCAAAGUAUUAAGUGUAAGUUAGUAGCUAUAAAAACAGGGUCAGAAGAGUUUGUGUACAUUCCAUUACUUCACACUUUAUCGAUUUGAGUAGACAAAUAAAAAUGGUAAAAGUAAAGUGCAA